AUGCCGUGGCCGUGGGAGAGUAGUACCGCGGCCCUGGUGGACGCGCGCCACGCGACGACGCUAACGGUGACCAGAUCGAACACCUCGCGGGGCGACGGGUUCGCCGUGACGGACGCCGGCGGCGGAGCGGCCGUGUUGCAGGUGGAGACCUCCUACUUCGGCCGCGACCGCGAUCUGCGUUCGCUCCUCUUCCUAGGCGCCGCCUCGCACCGCCCCUUGCUCCUUGUCGAGGAGUCCCCGUCUCUGUUCAGAGCGGGCCGGCGGUGGGAGGCAUUGAGGGGGCGGUGCGCCGGCCAGGCGGACCGGCUCUUCCUUGCCGUGGACAGGGCGCGUUUUUUCUUCGAGCUGACGAUCAACGUCGACGUGUUCCUGGACGGCAAAUCCUCCGGCGAGGGGGAGCCUGAUUUGGCCGUCCAGAGCAGCGACUACGGCAAUGCGACGACCGUCUCCCGCCGUGGCGCCGCCAUCGCGCAGAUCGACAAGAAGAGGAGCACCUUUUGGGCGGAGCUUGCUGGAGAGCGCACGUACAAUGUCAGGGUCAACCCGGGCGUCGACCAAGUGUUGGUCCUGGCACUCACCGUGGUUCUGGACCAGAUGCAUAAUCCUGAUUAUGGAUCACGCUGUUCAUGCGGACGUACAAGAUAA